AAUAUGUUCCUUUGUAUUUUCACUCACGUUCCGCCAGACUAAAUCAAUCAAUCAACACGUCAUUCAUUUAUCCCAUGAAUGCUUAUAGCCUAUCCCUUUUUCCUUCAUAUGGAUAAUGUCAUUGCUGGUUAAAUGGCUGAUGAAAUCCCUACCGCUUCCCUGCUCUAAUUUCUAGCUUUAUUUCAAGGGCAUGAAUGACUAUCACAUGGAUGAUUUGUCCUGUAAAUGCGCUGCUGAGGUGAGUUUCUCUGGCAGGGAGAAGAGAGGAGGAAAGAAAGAGACCCUCCUGGGAGAUUCGGGGCAGUAAGACUGAGUGACGGAGAGAGGAGGAGACAGACGACAGGUGGAGAGGGGGAGAUAUUCAAGGAGAGCAAUAGAGAGAAGAAGAGAGAGAGGAUAUAAUGAUUCAAUAUUUGUGAGAGUGGCACACUUCAAGUUAGGCCUUGAGAGGCUCUUUAAUUUCUCUGCAGAAACCCCCACAACUGAACAACAAUGCAGCAACUGUGGCUUCAUCUACUAUCUGGCCUGUGCCUUCGCCUGGUUUUGCCCUGCAGUGCCGAGGAAGGUCUCGAGUUCCCCAAUUUUGACGGGAAGGACAGGGUGCUGGACAUCACCGAGCGCAACUACAAGAAGGCUCUGAAGAGAUACGAUCUCCUGUGCCUGUUCUACCACGAACCAGUGCCCGCCAACAAGGGCCUGCAGAAGCGGUUCCAGAUGACAGAGCUGGUGCUGGAGCUCACAGCUCAGGUCCUGGAGAACAAAGACAUCGGUUUUGGGAUGGUGGACGCCCAGAAGGACGCCAAAGUAGCCAGAAAACUAGGUCUGGAGGAGGUGGGCAGCUUGUACGUCUUCAAGGACGACCGUGUCAUUGAGUUUGACGGGGAGCUCUCGUCAGACACACUGGUGGAGUUUCUCCUGGAUGUGCUGGAGGACCCGGUCGAAAUGAUCAACAGCGCCAUGGAGCUGCGAGCCUUCGAGAGGAUGGAGGAAGACAUCCGCCUCAUUGGCUACUUCAAAGGAGAGGAUUCAUACUACAAAGCAUUUCAGGAGGCCUCCGAGCGUUUUCAACCUUACAUCAAGUUCUUUGCUACAUUCGAUAAAUCCGUCGCCAAACACCUCUCCCUCAAGAUGAACGAGGUGAACUUUUACGAGCCGUUCAUGGAGGAGCCGGCCAUCCUGCCCGGCCGGCCUCUGUCAGAGAUGGACAUCGUCGAGUUCGUCAACCAACACAGGAGGGCUACUCUGAGGAAGCUGCGGGCAGAGAAUAUGUUUGAAACAUGGGAGGACGACAUGGAUGGAAUACAUAUUGUUGCGUUCGCAGAGGAGGAAGAUCCAGAUGGCUACGAGUUCCUGGAGAUCCUGAAGGACGUGGCCAGAGACAACACCAACAACCCAGAGCUCAGCAUCGUCUGGAUCGACCCUGAUGACUUCCCUCUGCUGACCACCUACUGGGAGAAAACCUUCAAAUUGGACCUGUUCAGACCUCAGAUUGGUGUCGUCAACGUCACAGACGCAGACAGCGUGUGGCUGGACAUGUCCAACGACGAGGACCUGCCCACCCCCGAGGAGCUGGAGGACUGGAUAGAGGACGUCCUGUCAGGGAGGGUGAACACGGAGGACGAUGACGAGUCUGCGGACGAGCGGGAACACCCGGACAGCUACGCCACGGAGGACAGCUCCGAAAGUCACGACCCGGAUGAGGAGGAAGACAGCGACGACUAACCUGAGGAGUUAUGAGGCUGUGUUAGUAUACUGACAAAUUCCAAAAUGCUCUCAGUUUUUUUCCUCCAGCUGAAAAGAAGCGAAAUAAAAAGUCCUGUCUCCAGAUGAAGCAGAUAAAUCAGAACCGAUUAAAGGUCAUCAUGGGAGAUUUUUUGGCCCAGUUUGCAAUAGAGUCAGCACAGUGCCUGAAGCAGUGAUUCUCCUGUACUCACCAAGGAUCAAGCUAUCAGCACACUACAGUUUGUGUGUCACACACGUGUCGGUUCAAGCUCUAUAUACAGAUUCAGGCUGACUGAUGUAUCAACUAUCACAGUUUCAGUUGCUAUGGCUAACAUGUUAUUUACACAUGCAAUCAACAUUGAGCGAUAUUAGCAUUCAUUUGCUGUCAUGUUUCAAAUCAAAUAUUCUCUCUCCUUUUAGCUCUAUUUUGGUCUCCACCUACUCCUGGGACCAAUAUCUGCUGCCCCGCCAUGUUCACGAGCUAGCCGCUAACUUUGCCUCCCUGUUGUUUGGUGCUAGACAGUAGUAGCCUAUACUGUGGGUUUUUAGAGUUUUACUUAAAAAAAAAUAAAUGUAUAUACAGUUUCUACGAUACUGAUGAGAGCUGUGAGAGUGAAUCAAAACUAUUCAAGCCUCUGGGUGUGAAACCAAAACAAUGAGCUGGAAGAUGCUAAAACGCUCAGUAAAGUCGAGGGGAACUGUGUAGUCUGGUGAUAAUUAUUUGCAAGUUUGUCAAGAUGAGUACAAGUUAUUGCAGCUUUUAAUGCACAGUAUGUUUUUUUUCUGCAACAAGGGGUCACGUGAGCAAAACUAAAUUAAAGAUGUUAGUAGUGUAGGAUCUCCUGGAGAAAUAAUACAACGAGGCUGGAGUUGUUUUCAGACAUUUCGAUACAGAAAUGUUACAUACUAUAUUAGUUAAGAGGAAUAUUACUUUUUGUUCUUUCAGGUAGAAUAGUUUUUCAAUUGUUUCUUGUAAUUAAUUCUGGGCAAAGUAAAAUGUAUAUGUAAUCUAUAUAUAAAACAAGGGUAUUAAAGGCACCUUUUUGAGAACAUUUUUAAUGUGAAAGAGUGUUAAUAAAAGUACAGAAUGACUACAUGCACGUCUUUUAAUGUGAAUCACCGCUGCUGUUUUAAAGGAACAGUUAAUUUGGUCAUUGUUUUGUGGACUACGAAACAUCUCCAGAAUUUCAAUUGGCAUAGUGGUGAAGGGACACUCUAGUGCCUAAAUUUUUCUUUCUGUGUGAACUGUUCCUUUAACACACACACACACACACACACACACACACACACACACACACACACACACAC